AUGAAGUAUCGCGAGAUGGGAGACGUCAUUCAACGGCACGCGAAUAUUGACGGGUUUUCGGUGGUGCGAACCUACUGCGGCCAUGGUGUGCAUAGACUCUUCCACUGUCCACCCAACAUACCCCACUAUGCUCAAAACAAAGCUGUGGGAUCGACAGCUCCAGGUCAUUGUUUCACGAUCGAGCCAAUGAUCAACGAGGGCAGCUGGAGAGACGAGUUAUGGCCAGACAAGUGGACAGCCGUCACAAUCGACGGUUCGCGAUCAGCCCAAUUCGAACACACCAUGAUUGUUGUCAAGCGCGGAGAAGGCGUUGAGACGCCUGCCAUGUUGGAGGGCGGUCCUCCAUUGGAGGUUGUGACCGCACGCACUAUAGGGGGUGAGGAUAAGUUAGCCAAUGUGGAGCUACCGACUGAGGAUGCACUGCAUUUCCGUCGGUACGGCCGGCCACACUUUGUGGAUCAGUUGCACACCCUGAAAAUGGAUGUCAAGGCUGUUUUGGAACAAAGGGGCAUCUCAAAUCUGACGUCGAAUUGA